AUGGCGCCAGGGGCGGAGCCCGUGCUCCAAUGGUCGCUCGCCGGGGCCAGGCACGACGGCGCCAGGGGCGGAGCUCGUGCCCCCAUGGCCGCGCACCGCUUCUUCCUCGAUUCCAGCAACGCCGCUCCAAAGCGUGUCUUUCCGGCGAAGGGUUUUCUCGAAGCGCGGACAGAGAUGGCGGCGGCGACGGCAGGGUCGGCACCGGCGAAGGAGGUGGUGGAGAAGAAGGUGGAGUUCAUGAAGGAGAUACGGGCGCACGAGGUGGCGAUCGCGGAGCUAGGCAACCUGAAUCCCUCCCGGUUCACUUGCUUUUGUGUAUUGUGUGUGAGGCAUUACAAGUUUGUUGGUCCUGAAACAGUGACAGGAACCAAAUUCUGUGAUCAAUGUAAAGGUCUUGACCUGUACAUGACAGUUUGUUCGCAGGGUUUUAGCCCGCCUGGAUACGAUGCUUUCUUCGUGUCUAGGGUCUACUAA